CGCAAACCGGUGUAUCUGUCACGUUGAACUGAUGACGUUGAGACUUCGUGAGUUCCGAUGGUUCCGAUAGGGAAAACAAUGUGUGUUGGUUAGAAAUUGAAACACAAUUGUAUCAAUUAAGUUGCUUUAAUUUGCCAGAAACGCUACAAAUAAUCGAUAGCAAGAUAUAAUAAUGCAUACAGUUCUAACACGUGGAAAUGCUAUUUUAGCAUAUACGUUAAGUGUGUCGGCUUGCCUCACAUUUUGCUGUUUUCUCUCGACAGUAUUUAUCGAUUAUAGAGCGAAUGCGACGCUAAAUACGGUUAAAGUUGUUGUAAAGAAUGUAGCAGAUUAUAGUGCAUCGAGGGAAAAGAAUGAUCUGGGUUAUUUAACUUUUGAUUUACAAACUGAUCUUACUCCAUUAUUUAAUUGGAAUGUCAAGCAAUUAUUCUUAUACCUCACAGCAGAAUAUCAGACAUCAAAUAAUGAGUUUAAUCAGGUAGUAGUAUGGGAUAAGAUAGUGCUUCGUGGAGACAAUGCCGCACUUGAUUUUAAGAAUAUGAAUACAAAGUAUUAUUUCUGGGAUGAUGGCAAAGGCCUCAGGGGAAAUAAAAAUAUAACAUUAACAUUAUCCUGGAACAUUAUACCAAAUGCUGGAUUGUUACCUAGUGUUAGUGCUCUUGGUUCUCAUACUUUUGCAUUCCCAUCUGAAUAUACUACAUUACGUGUAUAACCCAUAUUUAAAUGUAUACAUGUUAUAUUGUAUAUGUAUGAUUGUAUGAAAUUUUUAUUUAAGCUGCGUAAAUUUCAUGUACAAUAAAUGUAAUGUUUAUUUCUUCA